AAACUGUUUAUAAACCACCUUCUACAUCUUUAAGAGCAUCAACUAAGCAAAGUAUAGAGAGAGAAACAGACGCUCUAAGCUACUGAUAGAGAGAGAAUGGGCGGUUUACUGUCAUCGCUUUUCGGCGCCGGCGAGGCGGUUGCGUCGGAGUCUACGCCGGAGGAUUCAUCGGAAUCUCGAGUUCUUUCUUUCCACUCUACCAAUCGAUGGCAGCUUCACUACAAUUCAUUUAAAGAUUCCGAUAAAUUGUUGGUGGUGGAUUUUGCGGCGUCUUGGUGUGGACCGUGCAAGUUUAUUGAGCCGGCGGUGAAGGCCAUUGCUAACAAGUAUCCUGAUGUUGAAUUUGCCAAAAUCGAUGUUGAUGAAUUGCCGGAUGUGGCCAGGGAAUUCGAGGUGCAAGCAAUGCCAACAUUCAUCUUUCUUAAAAAGGGAAAGGUGGUGGACAAGGUGGUUGGUGCCAAAAAGGAUGAACUUGAGCAAAAGAUUGCAAAGUGUGUGUCCUCGUAAUUAAUGUUCUAGUAACUGGCAUUAGGUGCUGCCCCUGAGGCAUAUGUACUUGGCCACUUGGGAGAUUGCUAAAGUUGUUUUCUUCAGUAUGAUGGUGUUCUUACGAUUAUGCGCAUUUUGUCAAUAUGUUUACAUCCUUUGAUACACCAGCAUGUUAUUGAUUAUGCAACUGUUAUCCAUACGUUUGAAAUGUUAUUGAUUGUGCUCUUUCUCGUGAAAUUCUGUCCAUAUGUUUGUUCA